AUGGUGGUGUGCAGCGUGUUCCGCGUUACGUCACGGCUGGCCCGCAGCAGUCUCGGCGCGCAGUGCUGCGCCCGCGCACUUUACAGCACGGAACACAAAGCUCGGUUUUACACAAAGAAACACGAGUGGGUGUCGGUGAGCGACAACAUCGGCACUGUCGGCAUCUCCAGCUACGCACAGGACGCGUUGGGUGAGGUGGUAUACGUGCAGCUGCCGGAGGUGGGUAAGCAGAUCGCGGCCGGGGACGAGUGCGGUGCCCUCGAGAGUGUCAAGGCAGCCAGCGAAGUCUACAGCCCAGUCUCUGGCACCAUAACAGAAACGAACAAAGAAGUGGAAUCUAAACCAGCGCUCAUCAACAAAUCUUGCUACGAGGAAGGCUGGCUGUUCCGCGUGAAGCUGGCGAGCCCCGAGGAGCUGCAGCAGCUGAUGGACCAGGCCGCCUACGACAAGUACCUGGAGGAGCACUGA